GUAAUACCCCCGCCGUUGGCCGUCUCUGCAAAAAAAAAAAAAAAAAAAAAAGAGUUAACAGUUGGCGAGCUCAUGAUCAAGGUCGGGUCCCUUCUCAGGGAAGUCUCUCGACUCUCUUCUCGCCGGCUCGCCGCUUUCUCUUCUUGGUCGAGCGCAAACUCUAGAUUGGCCAGUUCCUCGGCCGAUGAAGACGACGCGGAAGAGACCGGUGUUGUCGGCGGAAGCGGAACCGACAGCGAAACUGUUCGACGAGCGCUCACUGACCGGCGGCCGGACACCGUGAUAUGGGCGCCUCGGCUGGCUAAUUCGGUUCAAUUGAUCGGGUCCGUGGACCGGCCGGUUGAAACUUUGAAGAGCCAAAAGGGCGACCUCGGAGCUUACACUACAUUGAGAGUGAAGAACCCUUUGAAUUCGAAGCAGCUCACUUACACGAUUAUGAUCGUGGCUUGGGGAGACUUGGCAGAGAUAUGCGUGAAACAUGUGAAGCCUGGUGAUUUCCUCUCUGUUUCAGGACUCUUGGGGAGUUAUUCAAAGAGUGAUGCCAAAGAAGGUUAUGGUGGUCGAGAACCCAAGAUAAUUGUGAGAGACUUGAAUUUUGUCGACGUGUCGUUACAUGGGAAUCACCAUACUUCCACAAAGCCAGGGGUUUGUGAUUCAGAAGCACAUCAUCAGAAUGAUGAAUCAUCAGCAGCAAGUAAAGCCGACCUGGAACUCUACCAAAACCAUCUCUGGCAGGAUUUCUUCCGCAACCGGGAGAGAUGGUGGGAUAACAGGACAAGCAAGAAGCACAAUUGGUGGCCUGAUUUCAUUCACAAGAAUACUCGCGAAGGACUCUGGCUGACUCCAGAUGUUCCACCAUGGGUGAAAGAACAACUCCAGCUGCUUGAUUCAAACACUGCAGAGCAAGAUCAGGGAAAUGGUGCACAAGGAACUGACAUCAUGGAAGGUGGGUUCAAGAAUGCGCUCUACUUAUGGCAACUGCUCUUCCGUAGCCCAAAUGAGUGGUGGGAUAACCGGCUUGACAAGAGGAACCCGAGAGCACCCGAUUUCAAACACAAAGAUACCGGCGAGGCUCUGUGGAUCCGACGAGAUCAUCCACUGUGGGUGAAAAGGCAGCUCGAGUUGCUGGAUUCUAGGAUGGCAGAAAGAGGGGAAGUGAUUGAUAAUGAUUGACGUGUUUCCCAUUUGGUGUACAAUGACUAAAUCGAACAUGGAUCGGCAUGAAAAGAGUCGUUUGUAUAGGGUCACAGUCCCACAGAUGGUGUUGGUCACUAGUGUACAACCCCCGUAGUUUUUCUUUAGAACAUUGGAAAGCCUUACUUUCUCUCUUUUGUUGAUGGGGUAGAGUGACAUAUUUUGAUGAAACAUUAUAAAACGAUAUCAGGGUUUGUGUCGGAAAAAGUUAGUGAUAGAGUAUUUUGUGUUGAAAUUGUGUUUUAACUGUUUGAUACCGUUAAAAACAAUCUAUCCGUUUAGACUUCAAUAGA